GCAAUUCAUUUCAUCCUCUCUCUCCAUGGAACCUUUACGUUUGAGGUAUCCGACUCCGACCCUAUUGCUACGCUGUACACCCCGCUAGGAGUCUAGGACUACGGCUCUAACAUGGCUUAAACCUAACCGGAAAAGCUUCCUAUACUAUUCCGAUUAUGAACCUCACUAGGUCUCGGAGAGCCAUAACCAUCUUCGGCAUAAAACAACGAGGCUUCUGCACCUCCGAAUUCAGCACCACCUCCACCACCAACGAUAAUGUCGAGAAAGACUCAAUAUUCAUUUCUAACCUUGUAAGCAUUGUACGAGGAAAUCGAAGUUGGAAGAUUGUCUUUAACGACCCCUUCAUUUCACGAAACUUAAGGACUCAUCAUGUGGAAGCUGUCUUGUUACAAACCCUUGAUAAUUCGAGGUUAGCUCUGAGGUUCUUCAAUUUCUUGGGGUUGCACCUGAAUUUUAACCAUUCGACAGGGUCGUUCUGCCUCCUGAUUCACGCUCUGGUGCAGGCCAAUCUUAGAUGGCCCGCCUCUUCGAUUUUGCAGACACUGCUGCUUCUUGGGUUGGACACAAAAGAGGUUUUUGAGGCUUUUUUGGAUUCGUUUAGUAAAUGUAAGUUUUCUUCGACUUCUGGUUUCGAUCUCCUGAUUCAAAAUUAUGUGCAAAGUAGGAGAAUUUUCGAUGGCGUUGUGAUAUUUAGGCUAAUGAAGAAUUCUAAUUUGUUGCCUGAAAGAAGGACUUUGAGUGACCUGCUAAAUGAGCUGGUGAGAAUCAGGCAGUUCAAGAUGGUCGUUGAAGUAUUUGAUGAGGCUGUGAAUGCGGGUGUCAAGCCUGAUACCUAUAUGUACACACCAUUGGUUAGGAGCUUAUGUGAGUUGAAGGAUUUUGAUAUGGCAAAGCAAAUGAUUAGCUUAAUGGAGUCAAGUGGGUGUGAUUUGAGUGUUCGGACAUAUAAUGUAUUGAUCGGCUGGCUUUGUAAGAACCAUAGAGUUCAUGAGGCUUUUGAGAUUAGAAAUAAUUUUUCUCACAGAGGUUUACAGGCGGAUGUCGUUACAUAUUGUAAAUUAGUUAUUGGUUUGUGCAAAGUGCAAGAGCUUGAGAUUGGAGUAGAGAUGAUGAAUGAGAUGAUUGAGUUUGGGUUUGUCCCGACCGAGGCAGCUGUUUCAAGCCUUAUAGAGGGCUUGACGAGGAAAGGAAAGAUUCAAGAUGCUUAUGAUGUGGUAAACAAGGUAGGCAGAAUCGGGGCGGCGCCGAGUUUAUAUGCUUACAAUGCAUUGAUCAAUUCUUUGUGCAGAGAUGGCAAACUCAAGGAAGCAGAAUCACUUUUUAAUAAUUUGGAAGUGAAGGGCUUGCGUCCAAAUGAUGUCACUUAUUCUAUUUUGAUUCAUUCAUUCUGUGUAAAGGGGGAAAUUGACAUUGCACUUUGUUUUUUCGGUAAAAUGACUCGAGCUGGAAUAAAAGCUACUGUCUUUCCCUACAAUUCUCUGAUAAAAGGGUACUGCAAGUUGCGAAAUUUAGCUGCAGCUGAGUCUUCAUUUGAUGAGAUGAUUAGUAAAGGUUUGAUGCCGACUGUGGUAACUUACACAUCAUUGAUCGAUGGAUACUGCAAGGAAGGGAAAUUACAGAAGGCAUUUAGGCUCUACCAUGAGAUGAUAGAAAAGGGUGUUGCCCCGAAUGCUCAUACAUUCACUGUUCUUAUAUCUGGUCUUUGUCAAUCAAAUAUGAUGAAUGAGGCAAUUAGGUUAUUCAAUGAGAUGGUACAAUUAAAUGUCAUGCCAAAUGAAGUAACUUAUAAUGUUAUGAUUGAAGGGCAUUGUAGGGAAGGUAACACGGCAAAAGCCUUUGCUUUGCUCGACGAAAUGACAGAAAAGGGUCUGGUACCAGAUACAUAUACCUAUAGGCCUCUGAUAAGCGGUCUUUGUUCAACUGGUAGAGUGUCUGAAGCUAAGGAGUUUGUGGAUGACCUUCACAGAAAACACCAUAAGUUAAAUGAAAUAUGCUAUGGGGCGCUUUUGCAUGGUUUUUGCAGGGAGGGUAGGCUAAAGGAAGCAUUUAGUGCUUGCUUUGAUAUGGUAAAAAGAGGCAUGGAUGUGGAUCUUGUUUGUUAUGCUAUUCUUAUUGACGGGACUCUUAGACAGCAUGAUACAAGAACAUGCUUUAGUCUCUUGAAAGAGAUGCGUAAUCAACGGUUGCAGCCUGAUAAUGUAAUAUACACUAGCAUCAUUGAUGCACACAGCAAAGCAGGAAAAUUUAAGGAAGCGUUUGGGGUUUGGGACAUGAUGUUUAGUGAAGAUUGCAUGCCAAAUGUUGUGACAUACACUGCCUUGAUAAAUGGUUUGUGUAAGGGGGGAUUCAUUGAUAAGGCUCGGAUUCUUUACAAAGAAAUGCUGACUAGCAAUAAUGCACCAAAUCAGGUGACUUUUGGAUGUUUUCUUGACGGCCUUACGAAGGGAGGGAACAUGGAGGAGGCAGUCCAGCUGCAUAAUAUGUUGCGUGAAGAGCUUUUAGCAAACACUGUCACAUAUAAUAUACUUGUCAGAGGCUUUUGCAAAUUGGGCCAAAUUCAGGAAGCUGCCAGCCUCCUAGUUGAGAUGACAAAUAAUGGUAUUUUUCCAGACUGUAUUACUUAUUCGACUAUAGUCCAUGAGCAUUGUAGAAGGGGUCAUUUAGAAGAAGCUAUUAAGUUGUGGGACUCUAUGUUAAAUAAGGGUUUGGAGCCUGAUUCACUGGCAUAUAAUUUCUUGAUUUAUGGUUGCUGCGUGACGGGAGAACUUGAAAGGGCUAUAGAAUUGCGGGAUGACAUGAUGAGAAGGGGUCUGAAGCCAACUCCGAAUAGGCGCAGCAAUCUCAGGCAGUGAAGUAGUUCAUAUUUGUAUGAUGACAUGUAAAGCAGUUCUUGGAUUAUUCUUGUAAUAGAUGUUGACUAGGAAAUCAGAAAUGUUCGUGUUUCCAACA